AUGUCACUCCCUCCACCACCUGGAAACAUUGGCCAGCGGCUAAUACCCUCUCUCAUCGAUGAGAUUGCCGAAUCAGAUCCCGAGCGGGUCUUCUACUCCAUUACCAGAACGAGCAACCCUGCUGAUGGAUUCCGGAACAUCACUGCCAAGCAGUUUGCUAGAGCCGUCGACCGCUGCGCAUGGCAUAUCAAAGAGAGAUUAGGUCAGGGAGAAGGGUUUCCAACACUCACGUACAUGGGACCGCAGGAUCUUGUCUAUGGCAUUAUAAUCGUAGCUUCCGUCAAGGCUGGCUACAAAAUGCUGCUCAACUCCCCGAGAAACACCCUGGAAGCUCAUUUGCAUUUGUUUGAGAAGACUAAAUGCAACAUCUUCCUCCACCCUCCAGACUUCGUAUUGCCGGCAGUGAGGCAAAUUCUAGAGGCAAGACCGAUGAAAGAAGUAGAAAUUCCUUUAUUGGAACACUGGCUGCAGGAUGGCCCGCAUGAGCCAUACCCUUACAAAAAAUCUUUCUCUGAGGCGAGGCUGGAGCCUUUUGUUGUGAUGCACACAUCCGGCUCUACGGGUCUCCCAAAGGCUAUUAUCAUGACUCAUGGGACGAAUGCCCCUCUGGAUGCCUUCGCGUCACUCCCUUCCCUCGGAUUAGCAGAUACUUUCCCCGCCUUAUGCAGAGGAACUAGAGUAUACUCCGCAUUCCCGCUGUUCCACAGUGCUGGAGUAUGUCUCCUUCUCCCCGCAUCCAUCUAUGCCGGUUUCACCGUCGUUCUUGGGCCGUUCCCGCCUUCUGCCGAGACUGCGAACGCAAUGCACGUACACGCAAAUGUGCAACACAGCCUUAUACCCCCGACCGUCAUAUCAGACCUCACAAAAACACCGGAAUAUCUUGAGAAUCUGGCUCGCCUCGAACAAAUUGCUUACGGCGGCGGGCCAUGCCCAGCUUCUGUUUCGGAACUCGUCUCUACCAAAACCAGGAUACAAAACACUCUUGGAUCGACGGAAAGUGGUAUGCAUCCUGUCGAGCGCUGUCAGGAUCCUGCGUCUAUGAAAACGAGUCCCGUAUUAGGCCACGAAUACCGACACUUUUCUGGAGAGCUAUACGAGCAGGUCAUCGUGCGAAAGCCAGAACUUGAAUUGUACCAAGGCGUGUUCUGCACGUUUCCAGAGUUACAGGAAUGGCCGAUGAAGGAUCUGUAUUCGAAGCAUCCAACAAAUGAAGGGGAAUGGAUACACAGAGGGCGAGCUGACGACAUUGUUGUGUUUUCCACGGGAGAGAAGCUGAAUCCAAUUGACAUGGAGGACAUAAUCAACGAAAACCCCCUCGUGAGUGCAGCACUCAUAGGAGGUCAGUGUCGAUUUCAAUCAUACCUGCUUGUUGAGCUCUCCCGACAACCGGAAGCCAAGGAGCAUAUGGACCAGAAUUUUGAGUCAAUAUGGGAGUCAGUUAAGCGUGCUAAUCAGAUUAGCCCAUCCCAUGCUAAGAUUCAUAAAGACAUGAUCGUCUUUACGUCUCCAGAGAGGCCAAUGCUACGAGCUGGCAAGGGCACAGUCCAACGGCAACUGACAUUGGAGAUGUAUUCGUCGGAAAUCGAUAAACUGUGUAGCGAAAAUAACGAAAAAUCAUUGCGGCAGACAGAAGACUCCAAAGAUCAGAGUUUGGAAGAGGUCAUUGAAGAGAUUGUAGCGCAAUCGACGGAGAUAAAUGUUGCUACAUUGACCCCCGAAACUGACCUUUUCUCUCAUGGACUGGACUCACUGCAAGUUAGUGUCAUCACGAAGAAAAUCAAUCAACAUCUAGCAAACAAGGGGAAGCCUACCUCCUUUGAUACGAAAAUAAUCUAUAGAAACCCAUCGCUUCAAGCAUUAGCUGCUUCAGUAUCCACCAUCCUCAACGGAGAAGAAUCUAGCCUUGAGGCUCCCCAGAGUUCAAUGCAGGAAAUAUUCGACAAAUUUGCAGAGGACAUCCCGAUUUCUGCAAGAGAUGCACAUGAAAGCACACCUGGAAGCUUUGUCUUUUUACUCACUGGGUCCACCGGGUCACUUGGAUCAUAUAUCCUGGACGGAUUGCAGCGCAACCCAGAAGUCAGGCAUAUUUAUAUCCUAAACCGAGGACCUGGAAGUUUAGACCGACAAGAGAGAUCAUUGAAAGCCAAGGGGCUUCAUUCCCUGACAAAAAAGGUGACUUGUCUGGAGGUUGAUUUGUCUCUUCGUCAUUUUGGUCUUGAACCAUCGACGUAUAAGGAGCUCAUACGAAAUGUCACGCAUAUUGUCCACAACGCCUGGAGAGUCAACUUCAAUCUUUCACUUGAGUCUUUCGCAGGGCAGAUCGCUGGCGUGAGGCGCUUAAUUGAAUUUUCUGUUCAAUCACGACAUGCGGCACGGAUUCUUUUCGUCUCGAGCUUGAGCACAGUAUCCGGGCUCUCCGGUCGUGUUCCCGAGGAGCUGUAUACUGAAUGGCAUACGCCACAAGAUAUGGGUUACGCGAGAUCAAAAUUCGUCUCUGAACUACUCCUGGAUAGGGCCGCCAAAGAAUCAGGGAUACCGGCUGUCAUUUGUCGUGUUGGACAGAUUGCUGGGCCCACGACAUCGGACGGGAUCUGGCCCAAGCAGGAGUGGGUUCCCAGUUUGAUCGCCAGCUCAAAAUAUUUGGGAAAACUGCCCGACAGCCUCGGAGAAAUGGAAGUGAUUGAGUGGAUUCCCGUUGAUAUACUUGCGCAAGGGAUUAUCGAGCUCGCCACUGCCAAGACGGAUGGUGUAGAAACCGGAGCUCGAGUCUAUCACAUGGUGAAUCCAAAUCAAAGUCUCUGGCGUGAUGUUGUCUCUACUAUACAAAAUUACUUUGAGCACAGCGGAGUGGCCAUCCAGAUGGCGAGUUUUAAGGAUUGGGUGACCGACUUGCGCGAGAGCACUUCAAAGCUUGAGGAUAUUGAUCAAAACCCGGCAUCUAAGCUCGUGUCAUUUUACGAAGGCUUACUCGAGAACACAGAGAGGAGUGUUUCUUUAGAUACAAAGACGGCCGUAAAAACGUCACUUAGUAUGGCAGGGUUAAAGCCCGUUGGAAAAGAAUGGAUGGCAAACUGGAUGCAGCAAUGGAGUUUUUGA